CCCCGGCCGCUCCCCUCACCCGCCGUCGCCGCCACCGGCCGGAACCGGCGGCCGCUGCUCCCCCCCACCCCCUCCCCCGGCUCCGCUUCCCGCACAUGCGCAUUGCGGCGCUGGCCCGGAGGCCCGGGCCUUCCAUCAGCCCGGGCCCGGGGCACCCCGCCUCGGCGGCCGCCGCCCGCCGCGGGGCCAUGGGCAGGACGAUCAACUCAUAUGUAGAGUCUUGUGAGUCUAUGAAGCACCUUAGCAGUUUCUUUCACUCUUCCUAGAAGGCCAGGUGUCACAGGAAAACUUCACUUUUUUGUUACAAGAAUUAAGUGGCAUCCAGAAACGGCAGCCAAUUACCAACCUUCUGCUGAGUGGAUGGCAUCACCAUUAAAAAUGUCUCUUCCUUCCUGGAAAUUCAGCACAGAGUUAGCGUUCCCAGGCUGCUGGAUCUCUUCCAUGUUAAUGGAUAACAUUUGAUAUGUGCCCUGUAAAUCCUGCCCUGGGACUCUGUGACCGGUGGGGUGCCUGAUGCCUGUAAUCCCCAUUCCCCGCCGGGUCCGUUCGUUCCACGGCCCCCACACGACCUGCCUGCAUUCAGCCUGUGGCCCGGUAAGGACCACUCACUUGGUGCGUACCAAGUACAACAAUUUCGACAUCUAUCUCAAAUCCCGAUGGAUGUAUGGAUUCAUCCGUUUCCUGCUGUACUUCAGCUGCAGCCUCUUUACCUCCAUCCUCUGGGUGGCACUCUCUAUCUUGUUUUGCCUUCAGUACCUUGGCAUCCGGAUCUUCCUGCGUUUCCAGUACAAACUCUCCAUCAUCCUCCUCUUACUGGGGCGAAGGCGGGUAGACUUCAGCCUCAUGAAUGAACUGCUCAUCUACGGAAUUCAUGUGACCAUGCUGCUAGUGGGGGGGCUGGGAUGGUGUUUCAUGGUAUUUGUGGAUAUGUAAAUAAAACAAGCGCAUGUGGGCUGAGAAGGUGAUUUUUCUUCUACCCCAAAA